AUGGCAGGCCCACCUCGGCCUGCAUCUGCUAUUCCAGCAGCUGCAAGAAGGACGAAUUUGCGCCAACCUACUCGACGAGCCGGCUCGACUAUCUCCGAAAGGAUGGCCUCGCCCGCAGUUACGGGGAGACCGACUACCACUGCUGCGACACGUGGAAUCAGACCAAGUCCGGACCAGUCUGCGACUGCAAAGCGAAAGGAGAGAGAGUAUGAGCGCGAAAUCAACGAAGAUACCAGCAUCCAUGUCGUCGUGCGAUGCCGCGGUCGCAACCAGCGCGAAAUCAAGGAGAACAGUGGCGUGGUGCUAUCUACUGAGGGUGUGGCCGGAAAAAACGUCGACUUGUCAAUGGGACCAAAUGCGAUCUCCAACAAGACCUACGCUUUCGACAAAGUUUUCUCCCCGGGCGCCGAUCAAGUAAUUGUUUACGACGAAGUGGUUGUACCCAUUUUAAACGAGAUGCUCGCUGGUUUUAACUGUACCAUUUUCGCAUAUGGACAGACCGGAACUGGAAAGACCUAUACCAUGUCUGGAGACAUGACGGAUACCCUAGGAAUAUUGUCCGACGACGCUGGUAUUAUUCCGCGCACGCUAUACUCCCUAUUCAACAAGCUCGAAGAUACAGAAAGCACAGUCAAGUGCUCCUUUAUCGAACUUUACAACGAAGAGCUGCGCGAUCUGCUGUCCGCCGACGACAACACGAAACUCAAGAUCUUUGAGAACGAAAAGAAAGGCCUUGCGGCUACCAUGGUCCAAGGAAUGGAGGAGACGUACAUUGAUUCGGCUUCAUCUGGUAUCAAGCUGUUGCAGCUGGGCAGUCACAGACGCCAGGUCGCCGCGACCAAGUGCAACGAUCUCAGUUCCCGCAGUCACACGAUUUUCACCAUCACCGUCCUUACGAAACGCCUUACCGACUCCGGCGAGGAGUAUGUCAGCUCUGGAAAGUUGAACUUGGUGGACUUGGCUGGUAGCGAGAACAUCGGUCGAAGUGGCGCAGAGAACAAGCGAGCCGCCGAGGCGGGCCUGAUAAACAAGAGUUUGUUGACAUUGGGACGUGUGAUUAACGCGUUGGUGGACAAGAGUGCCCACAUCCCAUACCGGGAGUCGAAGCUCACUCGCCUGUUGCAAGACUCGUUAGGUGGCCGAACGAAGACGUGCAUCAUCGCCACAGUCUCUCCAUCAAAAAGCAAUUUAGAGGAGACAAUUUCGACUCUUGACUAUGCAUUCCGAGCCAAGAACAUCCGCAACAAGCCUCAAAUCAACUCUCUCGUGUCGAAAAACAAGCUCCUUCGCGAUAUUGGCAUGGAAAUUGAGAAGUUGAAGAGCGAUCUCAUUGCAACCCGCCAACGCAAUGGUGUCUACCUGACUCCGCAUGCGUAUGAGGAGAUGACCAUGGAGAGUGAGUCCCGGCGUAUCGUCAGCGAGGAACAGCGAGCCAAGAUUGAAUCCAUGGAAGCAAGUCUUCGCCACAAAGUGCAAGAGUUGUUCACCCUCACUAGCAACUUCAACACCUUGAAGCAGGACAACGAGGAUACUCGGCAUAAGCUGACAGAUACCCGUGGUGUGCUGGAGAAAACGGAGAAGAGCCUCAAGAAUACCUCCGAACAACUGGACGAGGAGACACUUGUGCGGAAAGCUCAUCAAGAAACCGAGAGCAGACUUCGUGAAAUUGGAGCAGAGAUUCUGACUACUCUGGAUCACACCGUCGCGGAUGUUAAUGGUCUGCAUGCGAAGAUAGAUCGCAAGGACAAUUUGGAGUCGGAUAAUCUUGAGACAUGGCAGUCAUCCUCAGGAGAAGUUAGUGAAGUCACUCGUCAGAUUGAUGCACGCCUGGAGACUUUUCAGACUCAGCAUGCUAAACUGCUGGAGAGCAUGUCGGGCCGGAUCGGUCGGUUUGUUGACUCUGAGCUCAGCACUGUUCAGUCUGCUAGAUCUCAGUUGCAAGAAUUUGGCUCUUCCUUCGACAAGGUUGAAUCCGAAGCCAAGUCUCAGACUUCCGGUGCCCACGAUGAGAUGAACGAAGUUCUUGAAGAGAUCAAGGUUCUCCGUGAGGACGUCAAGACCAAAGUUGGCGAAGGUCUCAAUGGUCUCUCUGCCGCCGCCGCUCGCAUCUCCAAGGAGGUCAUCGGCGAAUUCUCCGAGUUCCACUCCCAGCUGCACACAUCUUACAGCACCCUUGGCAAAGAUUUCAAGGGCAUGUUCGAGAACAUGGUAUCGCAUCUGGAGCAGCAGAAAUCCGAGAUCAACAAGCUGCGUCUUGAGCUUCAGGAAGCCAACCGCCAGUCAGUGGAGGCUAACCGCAAGGCUUCUCAAAACCUUGCCCAGGUCAUGGAAGAGGAGCAUGUGAGUGCCCAAUCCGAGCGUGACAACCUGAUGUCUCAGAUUCGCAGCCUGCUGGAUGAGUCGAGCUCCCGGCAGUCUAAUCGCCUCAAAGGCAAAGUCGAUAAUCUUCGACAUGAUAUCACCGCGUCUGGUGACUCUCUUGAACAUGCGACUGCGCAGUAUGACAGACAUAUUGAUGAAUGGAUCUUUAAGGAGGAGCAAUUUGCCAAGGACGUCACUGGAUCUAGGGACGAGAUCAAGACGAAGAUGCAAAAUGACUGGGAGACCUUCGAUCAACGCAAUGCUUCCAUCCAGCGAGUCACUGAAUCGGUACACCAAGAGACUGUGCGGAUCGUGGAUGCUCAAAUGGCCGACAUGAGCAAGCAAAUGGAAGCUCUUGACGAUUUUGUUGCGAAGGCCCGGUCUCACAAUGGCCGCUUCCACGAAUCAAAUAUGGGCAGCCUGGACACCAUUUCGAAGACAGUUUGGGAGUCUCGCACCGCCAUACAAGCCCAGCUGGAUGGAUUCGGCGAGCGCAUUGGCCGCCUCCAGGAGGACACCAAUAUGCAUACCGAGGAGCUUGAACAGUCGACUGCACCCCUUGAGGAUGAAGUCCGCCAGCCCCUUAUCAGUCUCCGCGCCAACAUCCAAAGCCACCCCUUGAAAGAGUACCUUCCAACAGGCGUUACUCCUCAAAAGCGCCGAUAUGAAUACCCCUCAGAUUUCCCUCGCACCGAAUCCCAUGAGGGUCUCCGAACACGGCACCGGGUUUCCAAACAGUUCACUGCUCUCCCAUUCAAUGAAGAACCCCUGCCACCCCCCUCCCUGAAUCUCCAGCUGUCGCCUCUCCCUCAAAAUCCUAUGUGUACAGCGAUGCCGCGGAAGAGGGAAGUCGAUGUAAACGUCGCCAGACCAGUCGGAUACGAUGACGACGAAACAUCUUCCAAACCCGAAACCCCCACUGCUCCCCCGAUUAUGGAUCUGAACGAAACCCCCGAAAAGGACGAGCCUGAGCAGCCCCCUCUCAAGCGUCGUCGCUCCGCGUCCACCAACCCCGUCGAAAGCAAGCUACCUCAGAAGAUGCUCUCCAAGAAGAUGGCCGGGAUGAUGGAGGGCCGCGAAAACGUGCCCCCGUCUACGACUGGUCGUCGAUACCUUCGAACCCGUCCCUCGGACUAA